CCGUUUAAGUUGAAUUACGUCUUCUUAAUGUAUCCCCAUUUUCCAUCUUCAUAGCUCUCUCACUCUUCCUUCUCCCUAUUUCUCAUCCAGGUUCAUUCCCCUUUCUUCUUCAACAUUUUAUCUUCGCAUUCUUUCUCUCUUUCUUUCCAUGACCUCCAUUUCCAUGCAAACAACAAUACUUUUUUCUUCUUCGUCACCAUCGUUGCUUUGUUUUCGGUGUCUCUCUUCUAUGCCCUGUUUUCUCUGUUGUUCCGAUUGUUCCUGAAGAAGCUAGCCAUAAACCUAAUUCCGUUCAAAAUAUAAACUUUUUUUUUUCUCUUUCUAUCACCAUGGAUGCUCAACCAGGUUUAUCUCUCGGUUUGAACGCGCAUAUCUCAUCCCCUGUUUCUUCUCACUCUGCUACGCUCACUGAUAACUCUUUCUCGUUCCCCAUUCCAAAUCCUUCCGUUCCGUGGCAGCAAUUACUCGUCGACGAAGACUACAAGCCUCUUGAUAAACUCAAACACGAGGAAGAAGAAGAAGAAGACGAUGAUGAUGAUGAUGAUGUUGAUCAAGAAGAAGAAGAAGAUGAUGAUGAAGAAGAAGAAGAAGGGGGAAUCAUAGACGAAGAAGAAGCACAGGAACAAAAGGAAGAGGAGAUGAAGCAGCACCAAACGAUUAACUUCAUGGGGGGUGGUUCUUUUCCGGUGAAGAGAAGGCACAUAGAGGGUUCUGAAUCGUACUUCCCUUCAAAGCGUUUCGCCGCGGACUCGAAUUCGAAUUCAAAUUCAAAUUCAACGGUUGAGGGGCGCAAAGCUUCGGUGCUGUCAUGGGGGAACCAGCCACUUGGAAUCGCAGACCCCGAAAUCUUCGAGAUCAUGGAGAAGGAGAAGAAAAGACAGUUCAAAGGAAUCGAAUUGAUCGCUUCGGAGAAUUUUGUGUGCAAGGCAGUGAUGGAAGCAUUGGGAAGCCAUUUGACCAAUAAGUAUUCUGAGGGAAUGCCCGGUAACAAGUACUACACUGGGAAUCAGCACAUUGAUCAGCUUGAGUUUCUAUGCUGCGAGCGUGCUUUGGUUGCUUUUGAUCUUGAUCCUAACAAAUGGGGUGUGAAUGUUCAGCCAUAUUCCUGCACUUCUGCGAAUUUUGCUGUUUACACUGGUCUUUUGCAUCCUGGAGAUAGAAUCAUGGGAAUGGAUUCUGCUUCUGGGGGACACUUGAGUCAUGGCUAUUACACUAUGAGUGGGAAGAAGGUUUCUGCUGCUUCGAUUUUCUUCGAGACAAUGCCUUACAAGGUGAAUCACUUAACUGGGUACAUUGAUUAUGAGAAGCUUGAGGAGAAAGCUAUGGACUUUAGGCCAAAGAUACUUAUUUGUGGUGGGAGUUCUUACCCUCGAGAAUGGGAUUAUGGGAAGUUCAGGAUGAUUGCUGAUAAAUGUGGUGCAGUGUUGAUGUGUGACAUGGCUCAUAUUAGUGGUCUUGUGGCGGCUAAGGAAGUGGCUAGUCCAUUUGAUUACUGUGAUAUUGUUACCUCAACAACCCACAAAAGCCUUCGGGGUCCAAGGGGAGGCAUUGUUUUUUACAGAAGAGGGCCGAAACCAAGGAAACCAGGCCAUGUUCAUUAUCAUGGAGAUGAUGUUAAUUAUGAUUUGGAGGAGAAGAUAAACUUUGCUUUGUAUCCAUCGUUACAGGGAGGUCCUCAUAAUAACCACAUCGCUGCUCUUGCCGUGGCUUUGAAACAAGUUGCAACUCCAGAGUACAAAGCAUACAUGCAGCAGGUGAAGAAAAAUGCGCAGGCAUUAGCUUCUGCUUUGUUGAAAAGAAAAUGCAGAUUAGUGACUGAUGGAACCGACAAUCAUCUGUUGCUUUGGGAUCUAACUGCACUUGGCUUGAAUGACAGAAAUUAUGAGAAGGUCUGCGAGGCAUGUCACAUCACUCUAAACAAAUGCGCCAUUUAUGGUUCUACUUCUCCUGGAGGAGUGAGAAUUGGUACCCCUGCAAUGACAUCAAGAGGGUGUGUAGAGGAAGAUUUUGAGACCAUAGCUGAGUUCCUUUUGAAGGCAGCUCAGAUUACCAGCAGCAUUGUACAGCGGGAACAUGCCAAACCGUUCAAGGAUUUCGUCAAGAAUCUUCAGAUCAACAAAGAUAUUUCCAAUCUCAGAAAUCAGGUCGAGGCAUUUAGUUCCCGGUUUGCUAUGCCAGGAUUUGAUUUCUGAUUCGAAGCUGUGAAGAGUGUCGAAUAAUUUUGCUCCUGUAAAUUAGACAUAUGCAGAAGAGGAAAUUAAGUCAGAUAUUCAUACCACACCUUAUACAUCACACAUAGGAAUUGUUUGCUUGCUACUCACUUUGAGAGUGCACAAAUUAUUCAUUCCCAAUUUUUGUGGCUAUCUUUGUUUAUGAAGCAAUUGCAGUAAUUAGUAACUACACCUCACUGCAAUAACAGGAAAUAGAAUAUGUUAGUUCAAGUGUGCAUGCUAUUUCUACUAUUCUCCUAAACAAUUUUUCCGAAGCCCUUCACUCCUCUGGUGCCAUUUUACACGGAUCAGUGAAAAAUAUUUCAAGUUUUCAUAUACCACACCAAAGAAAAGAAGGCCCAAAGAAUUGUCCUAUGUAAUGGAUCG